GCCACUGGAACCAAUGCCCCUGGGCAUGAACUGCAAGCCCUGGUACAAGGACAAAUUACCUUCCAAGUGUUUUGCAAAUCACAAGAAGCAGCUUCUGAAGUUCCCCACCUCCCUGGACAGCCGGAGGUGGAUAUUUGUGAAAGAGGGGCUGGAUGACUUCAGAAGGGGGUGUCCACCUUGUAAAGGUCUGAUCACUCGCAGACCUAAGGAGGGCUUUCUCCCUGGGAUUACUCACAGAGUUCCCCAACCUGCCCCAACAAAGAGUCAUAAAAAGCUGACCAAUGAAGCAGACCUGUUUUCUACUCUCUCACCAGCCCAGCUAGCACGGAAGGCAUUCUUAGAGGACAUUGAGGCCCAACUGACUGAGCAUCCCUUGGCUCUCUACCCAGAUUUGGAGAAAGAUCUACCUGCAGACCUUUUACUAAAGGUGCUGGAAGUGCUGGAUCCUGACAGGAAGCUGGAGACCACUUGGGCUUCUUGUAAGAACACUGAGAAAAGAAGGAAGUCUCCCACAAAGCGUUGUGAGAAAUGUCCUGCCAAAGUUGAACUUCCCAAGAAGACUCGUGGGUCACAUCCAGACAAAGUGCCUCCUGAAGAAAAGAAAUCAAGCACAGAUGAUUUGCUCAAAAUUCCUCCUCUUCAAAGAAAAGUACCAAGAGAUGUUUGUAAAUUCUGCAAAUGGGUUGCUACUUUAGAAGACUUGGGCAUUGAAGAGUUCAUCAUGAAACCAUCUGACCUUGGCUAUGAGUGCAAACUAACCCGUAAACUGGUCUGCCUGAAGAAAGUAAACCAGGUUCCUAUGGAUCUAAAGAACAGGAAGGGGCUAGAUGAGACGGAGGCCAUAAGAUUCUCCUUACAGGAUAAAGAUUGGGAGAAGAAACUCCAGCCACCAGAGAAUCCUUAUAAACCCAAUUGGGUGAAAAUGAGGUAUGGAGCAUGGUGCCUGAAGCCCAAGUUGUGGGAAAAGCUAAUAAAUGAUGAACCUUUGAUUGACCCCAAGGUCUUACUUGAAGGUCAAGAUGGUAGUUUUGAAAAGAAAGUUCCUGAAAAGGAUAUUAUUGAAGAUCUUUAUGGAACAAUUGCCUUUAAAGAUUUCAUUCAACUCAAGGGCUACAGGAUGCCAGGCUUCCUUGAGAAGUUGUUUACCAGGAAGGGAUGGAGCUAUGAUUCUGUUAAGACUCCUAUAGAACGAGUAAUGAAAAUGUACUCAAAUGUAGAAGAAGAUCCAUAUGAAGAUGUUUAAACAUUUUUCUACUUACUGCUUACUUUGUGAUUUCUCUUUCAUUCUAACAUCAACUAGAAUUCAUGAUGAGUAUUCCACUGUGCAUGUGCAAUUUUGAUUCCACAUCUGUCAAUUUAACACCUAAUGUCUAUAAAGAUUCCUCAAUGACCUUCUGCUUGGGUUCAUCAAUAUUUUUUUAACUAUGAAAUCAAUAUUCAUAUAUACUCUUCUUACAUUUUUAUAGCAUGGCGAAUAUUAGAUCAUUAUAUCAUUUGUAAAAAUAAAACUAUAAAAGAAUUACUUAACAAAAUAACCUAGUUAUGUCAACUACAAUAUGAAAGGAAUUUCAAAAUAAAUGUGCCAAGUAAAAGAGA